AAGGUUUUCCUUUUUUGCAGGGAAAGAAAAUAAGGUGAAGCCAUUUCUUAUCCUGUGUAUCACCAGACUGUCCUGAAGUUUAACUAAAAACAUGACAGCGCUUUCUUCAGAGAACUGCUCUUUUCAGCACGCGUGGCAUCAGACAAAGCCGGCCCUAGACGUUCACUGUCUGUUGCUGCUGAUCAUACUUGGGAAAGCAUUGUCAAAUAUCCUCGUCCUGGGCCUGAGAAGGAAAGACACCUGCAGGAGUUUUAUGGAAUAUUUCUGCUUUUCACUAGCAUUUGUUGAUCUCCUAGUAUUGGUAAUCAUUUCCUUUCUGUCCUACUUCAGGGACUUUGUAGUUCUAGGUAUUAGGUUUACUAAAUACCACAUCUGCCUGCUCAUGCAAAUCGUUUCCUUCACUUACGGCUUUCUGCAUUAUCCAGUUUGCUUAGUAGCUUGUAUAGAUUACUGGUUGAGUCUGUCUCGAGGCAUCAAGCAUUCAUCUAAGUGGCAAAGGCUACUUUAUUUCUUGACAGUCCUUUUAACUUGGAUCUCAGUCCUUGCUUAUGUUUUGGGAGAUGCAGCUGUCUCAGCAAGCCUAGACACACACAGGACUCACAUGCAGCAGUGCCCCUCCCAUGUCAGCACUCAGAGCCACUGGCUGUCACUGGCUAUGCUGAUGGUUUUAUUUGUGGCCUUUCUGAUUUCAUGGCCAGAGGUUGUGGCCUUGAUACAGGCCAUUAGGAUAGCAUCCUAUAAGAACGAGGCCAUCCUCUACUUCCCCUUCCCGCCUCACUGCGCUUACACUGUGAGCUCCAGAGAGGCACUCCUGCCCAGGCUCAUUGUGUGCUUUCUUGGUACCUGGUUCCCCUUUGUGGCUCUCCAGCUCCUCAUCCUCUCACUUGGGGUUGAGAUCCCAGCAUACAUAGAAAUGAACGUCCCCUGGCUGUACUUUGUCAAUAGUUUUCUCAUUGCUACAGUUUAUUGGUUUAACUGCCACAAGCUUUAUUUAAGAGACAGCACAUUACCUGUGGAUCCUUUUAUCAACUGGAAAUGCUGCUUUGUUCCAGUUCACAGACUUAAGCAGGUGGAGAGGCCCAUAUCCAUCAUCAUCUGCUGAGACACCCUGCUGGGA